AUAUAUACAUAUAUAUAUUCCAACCAAAAAUAUAUAUGUCCGAGUGUAGAAUUCUAAUUUUUUUGUUGCCGAAAAACAGUGUUCCGUGUUGAGAGGCGAGGGCGCCAUCCUAAAUGGCAUUGCACGACCGCCGGGAGCGAGCCGAGCGACCAACGACGACCACGACGAAAAGCAAGAGCAAAAGACUCCGCCGCCAGCGAAUCCGCAUCUGCGUCCCGAUCCCGAUUCCAGACUCCUAGACAGUCGGCAGUCGCAGCCGCUGGAAGGGCGGCCCUAACCCCUGGAAGUCAGUCCGCCAAGUCACUGGACAGUGGGGCACCAUGUGCGAGGUGUGCGCCGACUUCCAGAAUCUCCUGGAGCUGUAUGAGGUGCGCGUGGCCAGCUCGGACCUCAAGUUCCAGCUGCUUCUGAAGAGCGAGAUCGAGACCACCUUCAACUACAUCCAGUCGUGGCCGCAGCGCCAGUGCAUGUGCCUGUACCGGGACACCAAGAACUACGACCGGUUCAACCUGGUGGUGCAGUCGCUCAUCUGCCUCACCGUGCAGCACCUGAAGCACAUUGACCACCUGAUCGACAACUACAAGCGGCUCACCGCCAGCGCCGCCCAGGUGGUGGCCCAGGCCCAGGCGCAGCAGCAGCGGGAGCAGCAGCGGGACGAGGACUCCACUGCCUCGGAGGAGCAGAAGAAGGAGCAACCCGCCUCUCCCACUGAGGAGAUCCAGGCCGCCGGCGAUGGGCCAGCCAAGAAGCAGCCGGUGGGCCCCUGCACUCCUCCGCCGCCGCCCACGCCAUCGCCAUCGCAGCACAAGUCCCACCUGCAGUACACGGAGGAGCCCUGGAUCCUGCCCGAGGUGGAGAAACUGCUGGUGCUCGUCUCCAAGGUGUUCCUGCUUAACUUCCCGCUGUACAUCGCCCACAAGCAUGGCAUGCACUCGCGCCUGGACGACCUGCAGGCGGAGGAGGCCCACCACCUGGCCCUCAUCUGCGACCUGCACGACAACGACCUGCCCAUCUACCUGCUGCGCAACGUGAGCCUGUUCUGCAACUCGGGUGGCUUUGGCGCCAUGUCGCUGUGCUUCGAGCACCCCGACCUGCCGGUGUCCACCGCCCACUCCAUGACCGCCGCCGUGUCCAACGUGAAGCUCUGGCUGAACUACCACUGCAACACGCAGCUCUUCGUGCCGCUGCGCAGCCGCAUCCUGCAGUACAUGUGCAAGCUGUCAGACCAGAGCCUCCGCUCCGCCGCCACCCGCGCCAUGGCCGACUUCGUGUGGUCCUCCAUGCGGGACCCGCUGGACGUGGCCGUCAACUUCGACACCGAGGGACUGGCCCUGGCCUUCAAAUACUUCACAUCGACCACGCUGACUAUGCGACUGGCAGGCAUGGCCCAGAUCAACGCCCACAUCAACCUGUUCAACGAGAUCUGCACCACGGAGACGGUCAACGAAGUGGAGCUCUUCGGCCAGCGCAUCGCCAACUGGCUGACCGAGAAUCACAUCGUGCAGCACCUGUUCGGUCCGAAUCUGCACGUGGAGAUCGUGAAGCAGGCGCACGUGCUGCUCAACUUUCUGGCGGUGGAGAACCAGAUCUCCGAGGAGGACAUCAAACUCAUCUGGCAGGCCACCCAGCUGAAGCACUGCUCCAAGACGAUCUUCGACAUCCUUCCAUCGCUCGUGAAGAAUCUGGCUCCGCGUCCAGCCAUGCACCUCUACUCGCUGCUCUGCCGCAUGGAUCCCAAGGAGCACACCGAACAGAGCAUCUACAUCACCUCGGCGCUGACCAAGCUGCUGUGGGCGCGGGACUGCUCCCGCAGCCAGAUGAACCUGAUGCAGGACCACCUGCUGGGAUCCAAUGUGACCGCUUCCAGCUCCGACAGCGGCAGCAUCGAGGGCAGCAACACGGAGGACGACCAUGUGGGCGCCGACGACAGUAGCAUCGCCAGCGGAGGUGGCGGCGGAGGGGUGGGCAACAAGAGUCCCAUCGAUGGGGUUACUCCGUGCAAGCAGGCACGGCACAGGCGGCACAUCUGCGACCCCACCACCGAGAAGGGCAAGCAGAUUAGCGCCGAGGACAUGGCCAAAGUGGACAUGGUAAACAAUCGCAUCGUGAACAUUAUCGACAACACGAGCAGCGAGGAGGAGCUACAAUCCCGCGCCGCCUUGGAGCUACAGCUUCAUCGCAGCCGCAAGAAGACGAGCAACAAGCGACGCCGCCAGAAGGCCAACAAGCAGAUCAUUCUGCCACAUGAGCUGGUGGAGAUCUGGGACGGAGCCGAGGAUGUGCCCAGCAGCGAUGAGGCAGAUGCCGACGGCGAUGGAGAUGGCGAGGGUGAGCUGCUGGCCGACAGCGACGAGUGCAGUGAUGGAGCCACCAGCCAACUAGUGCCCGCCGCCGUGCUGAAGCAUCUCCAGGGCGAGGGACCCUACAUACGGGCCAUUGAAACGAACAUUAGUGAACUACUCAGUGGCGCCGAGAACGACGGCAGCUACUCCUCUCCCAUGAGCAACAAGUCGGAAAAGAACCUGGCCGAUUUCGAUGACGAGGACGUAUCCCCCUGCGAAGAGGAGCUGGCCCAGCUGGUUAGCUCCCGCGCCAAUUGCCGGGAUGUGCCGCCUGCCUUCGCCGCUGCUGCCGCCGCCAUGAUGGUGGCCCAGUCCGCAAUGGCUCUUCAGAAGUCCGGGGAAUCGAACGUGGCUGCCGCUGCAGCUGCCGUCGCCGCUGCUGCCGCGGCCACAGGAAAUGCCCAGCAGACGUUGGUGGCCAUGAACCGGCAGGCCAGCGUGGCAGCCGCCGCCGCUGUUGUGGCUGCGGCCAAGGCAAAGUCCGACUCUGAUGUGGACCUGAUGGAGGUGGCCUCCGGAGGCGGCAAGCAGCACAGCUCACCCAAGACUAGCCAGGGCAGCUCCACGUCCGGCGGCACUCCUGUGCAACCCUCCUUUAAGCUUAACGAUGUCUGUCAGCCGGGAAAUACACUGCUCUGGGAUCUGCUGCAGGAUGAUAAGAUUGGCCAACUGGGUGAAUCCCUGGCGCUGGAGGCGGAAAAGGCGCUGGCCACGCUGCUGUGCUUCAGCAUGGACCGCCAGUUGCGGACGAAGUUCAUCGAGGGCUGCCUGUACAACGUGGCCAGCAACCGGAGUGUAAUUGUGAGCCUGCGCCUGCUGCCCAAGCUGUUCGCCUCGUUCCAGCAGUUCCGACCCUCGGACACGCACUCGAUGACGCUGUGGGCGGAGCGGAACCACCGGAUGAUGCAGUGCUUCUUCAACAACAUACGCCACUAUGCGCGGUGCCAUGCCGAGAUACUGAUCACCCAGAACGGGGAGCAGCAGCAGCAGCAGCUGGGCGGACAGCUGUACACGCACAAGACGCAGGUGUCGGUGCGGUUGCAGUUCCUCUCCUCGAUCUUCUCGACGGUGGGCUCGCCGAAGAGCUUCCGCCUCACGCUGGAACAGCUGGACGCGCUGUGGGAGUGGCUGGCCCACGAUCCGGAGUGCGCCGACUGCUACUUCUCGUGGCUGCAGGCGCAGGCCAAGGGCGGCGACCAGCACGCUUUGGGCAUCGAGGCUCUGCAGCACUUGUAUCUAAAGAAGCUGCCCGAGCUGCGGCCCGAGGAGUUCUCCAUGGUGGCGCUGGGCCUCUUCCAGCAGCUCUGCAGCUUCGCCCGCAUCGCCAUGGCCGAGUACGACAAGCACAGCGAGCAGAUCUCGGCCAGCGCCAGCGCCGUGGGCAUGUACCACCUGUGGAAGAUCGCCCUGCGUGCCCAGAGCAACGAUGUCUCGUUGGCGGCCAUCCAGUACAUCAACAUGUACUACAUGGGCCAGCAGCUGCGCCUCGAGAAGGAGUUCGUGUCCCAGUGCAUGGAGAACCUGGUCCAAGCGGCCACGGCUCUCGAAAGUAUCGAUGACGACACCGCUCUGAUGCGGGUGCAGCGUGGCCUGCUCCUGCUGAACACCCAUCUGGACACCUUCCGGCGUCGCUAUGCGUUCCACCUGCGCCGCUGGGCCAUUGAGGGCAAGGGGAUCGGGUCGCACAGCAACCUGAAGAACGAGGGCGCGGGUCCACCGCUGCGGAUUGUGCUGCAGCAGGCAGGACUGUCGGAGAAGAGCCUGCUGCAGAUGCACGCCUGCGACCUGAUCGCCGACCUCAAGGCGGAGGUGUCCAAGUGGUGGGAGAGCCUGCAGACGGGCCUGGCUGCCCCAGUGCUCGGCCUGCUGCUCAGCGACGGACCGCUGAGGAUCAUCACCCAGGGCCAGGAACUCACCUCGGACUACGACGAACGGAGCCUCGGGGAUGCCGGCUUCAAGGACAACCAGAUCGUGUAUGUCUCCCUGGGGGGACGCGGUGCCAGGCGAAAGGAAUCGAAUCUGGAGCACCCUUCUAUGCUGCCGCCGCCACCCAAGGAGUGCCUGCCCACUGUGCUGCUCCUGCAGCCGAAGUACUUUGAGAAGCUGUUCUGCCUGAUGCAAACUCUGGGUGACAUGCAACCACAGGCGUCGAGUGUUAAUCCCCAGCACCACACCAAGGCUCAGCUGCUUUCGCGACGCGUCUGGGAUAUCCUGGCCAUGCUGCCCACCAAUCCGCACAUUCUGGACGCCUUCAAGGGCCUGGUCACGGACCUCGGCGAACUGGAGCAACUCGACUCGGUGGGCGAGGAGGAGCAACUGGCCACCAAACGCAAGCAGAUCAAGCAGAAGUUCAGGGAUCUCCUCGACCCGAAUAACCUGCAGAAGUUCAUGUACUCGCUGCACAUCGUGGAGAGCCUGGCUCUGACCAGUGCGCGGCGUUGCGAAUCCAACGGCAGUGUGUGUGGAGUUCCUCCAGAGCAGAUCCGCGUGAAGAAGUCCUCCAUGGGCAGGAGGCGCAACAGCAACGAGCAGCAGCCACCGCCCCCGCCGCCAGAUGCCAAGCAGGGUGAGCUGGAGGCUCCGCUGACGCCCACACCCAAUCCCGGCCUGCAGGAUGCGGAGACGGAGGCCAGCAGCAGCAGCGGCGGCGACAAGGAGAACCAGCCCAAGCAGCACAGCAAGCGGCAGAAGAAGAGCAGUGGCAGCGGCGGCGGCGAUGCCUUCGAGCAGGAAAAGGAGCGUCCAGUGGGUUGCUCCACGCCACCAUCGCCAGCGGCUCCUCCUCCUGCGCCGACUGCUGCCACACUGCCACACCGAGAGGCGAUGGAGCGGGGCGACAACAAGUGGAGCGAGGCCUUCGUCAAGUGCGGCGGCCUGAGGCAUCUCUACGAGAUCUUCAGCGGCGGUCAGCUGCAGCAGAGUGCGCACCCCAAGGAGCUGGCCCUGAACGAGUGGCGCCACGACUGCCUGGCCAGUCUGCUGCGCAUCCUCUGGCUGCUGGGCUUCGAGGAGCUGCAGUCGCCGGAUGUGCAUGUGCUGAUGUCCCGUCCGCACCCCUUCAUGCUGCAGCUAAUGGAGGUGCCCGAGUGCCUGACGCGUCUCUCCUCCAUCCUCAACGACGAGGUUCACCAGCAGCACCAGGCCACGUCGGCCAACCCACUGGUGUUCCCCUACCAGUUCCAGCACCUGCGCACUGGCUUCUGGGGUCGGGCGCAGCUCAUCCAGUUCGCCAUGAACAUCCUGGUGAGCUUUGUGCACGCCUCGGAGGAGGCGCGACGGCUUCUGUGGGCCCAGUCGGACACCGACCACUGUCGCUGGCUGCAGAAGUUCAUCCUGGAGGACCCGGAGCCGGCGGUGCGUCGUGAGAUCUGCGCCGGACUCUACCGCAUUUGCCUGAGCAAUGCGCACAGCUACCGCCUGUUGCUGGCUCCACUGCUGCACAAGCUCAUCGCCCUGCUGCCGCUGGCCGAGCAGAUGAGCUCGGGCACCCAGCCCACGCAGUUCCUGCUCUCCGAGGAGGGCAAGGACCCGUAUGGCCCCGCCUGCCGCGACUACUUCUGGCUGCUGGCCCGCCUGGUGGACACCCUCUCCCCGGAAAUGGUGGCCGAGGAGCACAUCGACAUUGAGCUGCUGUGCGAGAGCAUCUCGCAGAGCAUUCUCACACGCGACUAUUUCGAGCUGCGGCAUGGCUACCAGGACGAUGGCCUGGUGGGCCUGCUCAACCUCAUGUCCAACCUGAUCAAGUACGACACUAGCUUCAAGUACACCGCCAAGGCAUUGUCCUUCAUCGAGCAGCUGAUUGGCUUCCUGUUCGACAUGCCCUCGCCGGCGGACCGGCAGAAGCCGAAGUGCAAGUCGGGAACUUCCCGGGCGGCCGCCUACGAUCUGCUGGUUGAGCUGUGUCGCGGCUGCGCCACCAACUAUGGCUAUCUCCACGGCCGGCUUUUGGCCCAGCACAAGUCGGGACCCAAGCAGCCGUAUCCCUGGGACUAUUGGCCCAGGGACGAGGGCAGGUCCGAGUGUGGCUACGUGGGCCUAACGAAUCUGGGAGCCACGUGCUACAUGGCCUCUUGCGUCCAGCACUUGUACAUGAUGCCGCAGGCGAGGGCGGCCGUGCUGAGGGUUCCGCCCACUGCGGCCAGGAAGCAUGGACCCACGCUGCUGGAACUGCAAAGGAUGUUUGCCUAUCUGCUGGAAUCCGAACGGAAAUCCUACAAUCCGCGCAGCUUCUGUCGCGUGUAUCAGAUGGACCACCAGCCGCUGAACACGGGCGAGCAGAAGGACAUGGCCGAGUUCUUCAUCGACCUGGUGUCCAAGCUGGAGGACAUGACGCCCGACCUGAAGCACCUGGUGAAGCGGCUGUUCUGUGGCUCGCUGAGCAACAAUGUGGUGUCCCUGGACUGCGGUCAUGUCUCCCGCACGGCCGAGGACUUCUACACGGUGCGCUGCCAGGUGGCGGACAUGCGCAAUCUGCAGGAGUCCCUCGACGAGGUCACCGUUAAGGACACGCUGGAGGGCGACAACAUGUACACCUGCUCGCAGUGCGGCAAGAAGGUGCGCGCCGAGAAGCGCGCCUGCUUCAAGAAGCUGCCCCAGAUCCUGUGCUUCAACACCAUGCGCUACACCUUCAACAUGGUCACCAUGCUCAAGGAGAAGGUCAACACCCACUUCUCGUUCCCGCUGCGGCUGAACAUGUGCCACUACGUGGAGAAGACCCUGAUGCCGCAGCAGUACAAGGAGGAGCGCGAGCGGCGCCAGCGGGAGAACGAGGGCGUGGAGGCUGCCGGAGGAGGCGAUGGGAACGACAACGAAAAGGCGGAGGCCACUCUGGAUGCCGACAUCGAGGAGUGCUACGAGUACGAGCUAGUGGGUGUCACCGUGCACACAGGCACUGCAGAUGGCGGCCACUACUAUAGUUUCAUCAAGGAGCGCACCAAGACCAGCUACCAUCCGCACGAGCGCUGGUUCCUCUUCAACGAUGCGGAGGUGAAGCCCUUCGAUCCCUCACAAAUAGCAGCCGAAUGCUUUGGCGGCGAGAUGACGAGCAAAACCUACGACUCAGUGACGGAAAAGUAUCUGGACUUUAGCUUCGAGAAAACCAACUCUGCCUACAUGUUGUUCUAUGAACGCCGCCUGCCGGAGCAUCUGCAGCGCCGGCAUUCCGAGCUGUUGGUUACACCCACGCCCAGUCCCACUGUGGAGGAGAAAUCCGAGGUCGAAGAGCCCACGAAAAUGGAAACCAGCAGUGGUGAGAUCAAGGCAGAGCUGGAUGUCGAAGUGGAAGUGGAAAAUGAGGAGAAGAAGCAGCCGGCCAAAACAGAGACAGAGUCCAAGGAGAUCGCCGUAAAAGAAGAGACUACGGCGGAGUCAAAGGCGGAGGAAGAUGAGCCUGAGAAAAAGAUUACCGCGCUAGAAGAGGGUGAAAAGAACCCAGAGACGACGGAUGAGAAGGCGGCGGAGAAGACGAUCGAGAUCAGGGAGGAGAUGGAGAAGCCCCCAACAGCCAAUUGUGAUAAUCAUAAGCCAAGCAACAAUAGCCACAACAAAGCCAGCAGCGAUCAGCAACCAUCCACAUCGAAGGCAGCCCAAAAGCUACAACUGUUUCGUCCACUGCUGAACAAGGAGCUGGAGGAUUGGAUCUGGCAGGACAACCGACAGUUCCUGCAGGAUCGCAACAUCUUCGAGCACACCUAUUUCAACUUCAUGUGGCAGAUAUGCGGGCACAUACCCCAGUCGUUAAUUUCGGAGACGGACGUCACCUGCAUGGCAGCCAAGUUGUCGGUGUCGUUCUUCAUCGAGACCUUUAUUCAUGCCAAGGAAAAGCCCACAAUGGUGCCCUGGGUGGAGCUGCUGACGAAGCAGUUCAAUGCCAGUCAGGAGGCCUGCGAGUGGUUCCUGUCGCACAUGUCGCUGGAGCCCUACUGGCCUGUCCAGGUGCUAAUCCAGUGUCCCAACCAGAUGGUGCGUCAAAUGUUCCAGCGCUUGGUCAUCCAUGUCAUCCAGCAGCUACGCCCCUCACAUGCGGAUCUGUAUUUGGAUGUGGAGACGGACGAGGAUGACAAGGAGUUGAUUGGCCAGGCCUCGUGCGUCACCCGCUUCAUUGGCUCACUCAUCUCGCUGCUGGAGCAAGGAGCGCGCUCCAAUCUGCGCCACCUGUCCGAGUACUUUGGUCUGCUCUGCGAGUUCUCGCGGAUGGGAGAUGAGGAGGCCAUGUACUUGUUGCGUAUUGGGAUUCUCAAGAGCCUGGUGGACUUCUAUCUGGGCCACAAGCAAACGGACAGCAUUGACAUCAGCUCGGACAACGAGGACAACUCCUCGGACGAGGCUCUGUCCGUGGAGAAGAUGCGUCCGGCCUCGCUGGACAAAAUGAUUGCCCUGUGCGCCAGCCUGGUGGAGCGAUCCCGCGGGCCCGACUUCCGACUGCGGCUCUCGCCCAAAGACUUCACUGCGAUCGCCGGCGGCAAGGGCUUUCCAUUCUUGUACCAACAAAUAAAGGACGGCAUUAAUCCGCACCAGACCAAGCAUUUAAUCCACGCCCUCUGUCGCUGGGACGAGCGGCUGGCCACGCAGAUCAUCGGCAUGCUCUUCGCCUCGGUGACCAAGCACACGGAGCUGUGCGCGCCCUUCUUCAAGCUGCUCACCCUGCUCACGGAGACGCAGGGCGGUCCGGUGGGCCUGCCUUGCUUCACCCAGCUCAUCCUGCCGCGCAUGUGGGACGCCGCGGAGUACUGCCCGCAGUCGGUGCUCGACUGGCUGUCGCUGCAGGCCACCAAGAACAAGAUCGCCCACGCCUGGAUCCUCCAGUCCGCCGACCAGUGGCUCGAGCAGUUCCUGCUGGCCCAUGACAACACGCGAGUGCGGAACGCUGCCGCCUUUCUGCUGGUGGCACUGGUGCCCUCCCAGCCUUUCCGGGCCAACUUUCGGGCUCAUUCGCAGCACAAACUGCUGGCUCUCAACCCGCACAGCUAUCGCGACAUUAACAGCGAUGCCCAGGCGGUGUUGCACCAGGUGAUCACCCUGCUCCUGCGUCUGCUGCGUCCUGCGCGGGUCUACGCGGACAUAGGAGCCCAUGGCACCACCAAGCUGACCGCCUACUUCAACCUGCUCAGCUAUUGUAUGGUUUCAAAGACUGAAAAACUAAUGGCAAGUUCGUUCAUGCGCUCCCUGUGGGAGCUCUUCCAUCCGCGCCUCUCGGAGCCCAGUGUUCCGGCCCAUCACAACAAACACGCGCUCCUGACCUUCUGGCACCACUCCCUGGUGGACUGUCCGGAGAACGCUGCCCAGGUCGCCAACUGUCCGGAGAUCACGCGCAACAUUGCAUUUAACUAUAUACUGGCCGACCAUGACGACGCGGAGAUAGUCACCUACAACCGCUCCAUGCUGCCCGCCUACUACGGACUGCUGCGACUCUGCUGCGAGCAGAGCCGAGCCCUCACCCGCCAGCUGUCGCAGCACCAGAACCUCCAGUGGGCCUUCAAGAACAUCACGCCGCAUCCCACGCAGUACGCGGCCGCCGUGGACGAGCUCUUCAAGCUGAUGGCCCUGUUCGCCACCCGCCAUCCGGACGCCAGUGAGCAGGAGAAGCUGGAUGUGACCCAGUUCCGGAGGGCGGUGAUCGUGUCCUACACCAGCAGCCUGGACGCACGGGUCUCCUGGUCCACGUUGAUCAGCGCUCUGAAAAUACUUGUGGACAAUGAGGAGGACCGCACCAUGGUGAUCUUCAACGGCGGCAUUGAGAUGUGCUUCGAGGCGCUGCACACGCUACAUUCCAUGCACCACGAGGCCACCGCCUGCCACGUGGCCGGGGAUCUGUUCGACCUGCUGGGUGAGAUGCUGCUCCUGCUGGCCACGCUGCGCACGCGCACCGACAGUCCGGCGCAGAAGAAGCAGCAGCAGCAACAGCAGCAGCUGGAGCAGCAGCUGCAGCUGCAGCAGCAACAGAUGCUGCAGAAGCAGCAGCAACAGCAGCAAUCUCAGCAGAGCCAGACUCCGCAGGCUCCGCAGACGCCGCAGCAGAAGGAGAAGCAGCUGCAGCAGCAGAUGCAGCAGCACUUGCAGCUGCAGCAGCUGCAACAGAUGCAGUUCCAGCAGCAGCACUUCCUGCGCCAGCAGCACCAGCACUCGGCGCUGGCCAAGGCCCUGCCGGACGCAGUGAAGCGACUGGCCACGCUGCUCAACACCUUCAACUCGCCGGAGAUCAGCCGCAUGGCCCUGGAGGUGCUGAAGGAGCUGGUGCGGAACACCAGCCUGGAGACGAUCAGCAUCCUGGCGCCCAUCCUCAUCAACUGCCACCUGUCGGUGGCCAAUGCACCCAAUGCGAUAGGUCCACUGGGACCGUACUUCCCGCGCCGCGGUGCCAAGCACACGCCUUGGCCCCUGGGCGCCAAGAACUCGCCCCGUCCGCCGCGUCCCAUGGUCCAGAUGUGCAUCGCUCUGGCGGAGCUGACGCCACGCGGCCUCGACGCCGACUACGACGUCCAGGUGGAGUCCUUCUACAGACCCUAUCACGACUUCGUCGACGUCAUGAUGCGCAUGUGCGUCAACACGGGCACGCUGAACGACACGCUGGUCAAGCUGCAGUGCCUGGUGGCCAUCGAGUCGACGCCGCUGCACUUCAACUACUUUCCCAAGUUCUGGGUGGGCAUACACAACAACGCACUGACGCACAAAUACGUUGAGUUGCUGGUGAAAAAUCAACUACUCGUGGAGUACUUGCACAAUGUUCUAAAGGACGAACGCAGCAUGCUGAAGGAUGCCUGUGUGCGCGAGUUUCUGGAGCUCUACUACCACAAAGUGGCCGCCCAGCUGCCGGUGGCCCGCAUGAUCUACACCAUCAACUACGGCAUGCACUCCAAGGACGACAUCGACGAGCUGUGCGGCGACCUCUUCGCCAUCCGGAUCAUUGCCCAGGCCACUGGGGUGCCGGCCUCCGUGCGCAAGGAGCUUCGAGGAUCUCUGCGGGCACUCCAGAACAAGAGCGAGAGGUUCAGGAAGGAGUCGGAGAGGGAUCCUUUUCCGAACAAAAAGCUGAAACGUGACUCCCAGAAGGACAAGGAGAAGGUUGAGGUGCAGUCGGAGGGCGAGAACGCCACCUCGGGUGAUGCCGACAAGCCAGCAGACGUUUCCAUGGAGUCCAGCGGCAACUCGGACCCAGUGACGACGGACAGCAGCACCAAGCCACCCACUCCCGCAGGCAGCGACGACGAGCAGAUGGAGAAGACGUCCAUACCCUCGUCCGACGACGAGACCGAGCUGGAGGAUGAGCUGGAGCCCACGCCCAAGCGCAACAAGAAGACGUCGAACAAGAAGACCGCCCAGGAUCGGCUCAACGAGGAGCGUGAGAAGCGGCUGAUCACGCUGAUCACCAUGGAGUCGUACAUUCAGAGCAUCUUCGCCAUCCUCAAGCGGGACUCGAGUGUGCCCAGUGGUGCGGCGGCCAACAAGGAGCCCAGUGAGGAGCCUUCGUGCGGAGAGGCCUCCACAUCUGCAUCUGCAGCUGCAGCCGCAGGGAAGAUGUCCCGACCCAAGGGUGCCUGUACUCCGCCGGAGCCAAUGCCCGAGGCGAGCGAGACGCGGUGCAGCAACAUGGAGACGGAGGAGCAAUCGCCCAAGGCCAGUCAGACCAACGGCAGCCAGCCACCAAUCAAAUCCCCGCCAGCGGCCGCCAGUGGAGGCGAUACUGCACCCGCGAAUCAGCCCACACCCGUCCCCUCCUCGGCCGUUGCGUCCACAUCCCAGGCAGCGAGUCCUACACAGAUUUAGUUGUCAUUCAACGAUUUGCUCAGCAUUUUGUUUUUCGGCAAGCCACUGGACUGAUAAUGGGCAACGGGGGCUGACCACGGCCAAGCUCCUCCUAGCCUGUAAGAAUUUUGUGGCCAAAGGUCAAUGUUAGGUACACAUGUAGGCAAAAGCAACCCAAGGUUGGUGCUAGCUAGAUACGCCCACGAAUCGGACAGACUAAUGGCAGAGGAGCUAUAUCCCUGCUAGGGAAAAAGGAAAGAAAGUGCUACAACUUCUAUUCUCUGCGAGUGGAAACGGGUUUGGGCUUAAUAGAUACUUAGUUAAGCUUAACAACAAAUAGUUAUGUAACACACACAUUCAAGCCCCGCACGCACGCAAACACCCCGUAAACCUAUCCGACCGGCCCCACAUAUAUUCAAUAUAUAGCGAUAAAUGUAACUAAGUUAAGACCACCCUGCACGCAAUGUCCCCCGUAAGAGAUCCCCUUUCAAAUGGUUAGUUAAGAGAAAAGUUUAAACAAUCCACUGGAGAAAUUUGUUAUGCCAAAAAUUGGAAGUUGAAAUGGAGGCAGCGCAUUAGGACUACAAAUUGAGUGUUUGAACGCAGAGCGGUUGAGGAAGAUCAAUAAAACGGCUUACGAGACGCUAAUAUCUAUUAUAUGUUGUAUUAGAUCCAUUAAGUAUCAUUUAUAAAACGAUGCUAAGAACAUAUUCGCCUACCUACCCACAUAGCCUCUUUUCUCGUAUUUCCUCUACUUUCCUCUACUUUCACCACCCCCCAAAGCACCCAUAAACGAUACGUUAGAAAUGAACAGAUAUUAUAAUAAUAGAACUUAACGAAACAUUUUAAAUAUUGGAUGUGUUAAAAUAUGUCAUAAUCAUUUUCAAUGUAAAUCGCAUAACGCAAACGCAAACCAAUCGAACAGUUUUUAGUUCACGUCCGAUAGGGAUAAAAUGUAAUGUUUAGCACGUAAGAAAUGUAGAGCGUUGUUGUCCCAAGUGAAACACAACAGGACAAAAAUGAUAAAAUUAAACAAAGUAAACUGGCCAGCGCCGAAAAGGGUCGCGUAUAUUGAUAGUUUUAAGCUCACACAAACAUAAGCGAUCGAAAUCCACACAAUGUAAUGUUGAGAAACAAAAAAAAAAAAACAAAACACCCAAACAAAUCAUGAGAAUAAUAAGUUUAAAUGAUAUGUAAC